GCUACUUAACACAUUGUUUUAGUCAUUACUUAUGGUUUAUCCACAUCUUCAGCGCACAUAUCGGAAUACCAAAUUGACAGGAAAUGGCGGCAGAAGUAAAACCACAAGAAAUUUUUAUGGAGAACAUUCAACUAAAGGAAGAAAAUGAAAACCUUAAACGGUUUAAGGAAAGAGUUGAGCGACAUCCUGGCCUUGCAUACGAAAGUCCAGUCACAGAUGAAAAGGAAGCUUGGUUGCGGUCUUUCUUGUAUGAUAAAGAUACCAGAGUUGUUAUAGAUAGAACCCCUUCGUGCAAUAAAUUUUGCACACACUUUGUAUUGAAGAAUCUGUUUAAAGUGUUGAUGGUAGUCCUGGUUACUGCUUGUGUGAUAACUGCGUAUAUGCUGACAGAACGAAGACAUGAAAGUGCACUGCAAGCUUUGGUUUCCACAGCAACAUCGUCUAAGAAAGAGUCGACCGGAGUUUACGGUGGCAUUUUACCUAUCGUCGCUAAUAAAGCUGGAAACACAGUUCAAGACACCAUACAGAAGAAUUACUUAAACAUCGGUUUGUAUACUGCAAUAUACCGGUACUCAAUCGUAGCAGAUACUUACAGUAUAUAGCAUUCCCUUAUGUAU